AUGUCAUCAAAAGGUCACUUCAAGCGACUCCCCACGGAAGGAUUCCAACCUCUUACCCAUCAAACAUCCAAAGACAUGACCAAGCCUAACGACAUUACGAUUGAUAUUCCUCUCACCCAAGUCACCACCUCUGGCAGUGCCACGGGAGCUCGAAAAGCCGGGCUCUCCCCUGCACGAUCCGAGCACAACACCGAUCUUUCGGGGGAGACGAUGAAUGAAAAGCAGGCUCUCCACUUCCAUCACAGUCCGGGAGGCCGACGAAGAAGAUUGGUUCAACAAGGUCUGGAGAACAAGGACCAAGAAGACGGAACUUUGAACGCAGCUGGCCGAUUUUACAAGAAAGUGUACAAUGCUUCGGUCAUCACCCGAUAUUUCGUCAUUGUGGCACCGCUCGCGUUGGCCAUUGCAAUUCCCAUCAUUAUCGGCGCUACGGUCGCUCCCAACGCAAGAAUCGGAGGGGUCCAGAUUGUUUGGUUCUUCUCCUGGAUUGAAGUCGUCUGGGUGUCUCUUUGGGUUUCCAAACUGCUGGCCCGGUUCUUGCCAUUUCUAUUUCAGUUUCUCUGUGGAGUGGUCAGUUCGGGAACCAGAAAGUAUGCUCUCGUUCUCGGCGCGCUCGAAAUCCCGCUGUCCCUGGUGGGCUGGUCCGUGGUGUCUUUGACGACUUUUAUUCCCAUCAUGACUCUCAACCCGGACCAGAGAUCACGUGGUGACACCCGUCCGACCAACUGGGAAUCUGUUGUCAAGAACAUUCUCUUUGCCUGCGUCUUUUCCACCUUGGUAUUGCUAGUGGAGAAGGUUCUCAUUCAGCUUCUGUCCAUCAGCUACCACCGCAAACAAUUCGACGAGCGAAUCAAAGACUCUAAGCGCAACAUCUAUCUCGUGAGUUUGCUCUACGAUGCCUCUCGACAUCUUUUCCCGAUGUACUGUCGAGAAUUUGCGGAGGAGGACUAUAUGAUUAACGAUGUGCUGGAUCUCGCUGGCAGCGCCGGCCCACGAAACAGUACGAUCCAUGGUGACAAGAGAUCUGGCUCGGCGGCUCCGUUGAGGCUGAUUCAGAAUGUGGCUCGAGCGGGCGACAAGGUCACAGCGGCCUUUGGCAACGUCGCCCAGGAAAUCACCGGCAAGAAAGUGUUCAAUCCCACCGCGUCGCACUCCGUGGUGGUCCAGGCUUUGGAGAAGAAACACUCCGCCGAGGCUCUGGCCCGACGUCUGUGGAUGUCAUUUGUCCUGGAGGGCAAGGAUGCACUGAGCCGUGAAGACAUCAUCGAUGUUCUGGGAUCAGACCGGACACAAGAGGCCGAGGAAGCAUUCCAAGUGCUGGAUGUGGACUCGAACGGGGACAUCUCUCUCGAGGAAAUGAUUCUCCGCAUCACCGAAUUUGGUCGCGAACGCCAAUCAAUUGCCAGCAGCAUGCACGAUGUCGACCAAGCUAUCCACGUACUCGACAAUCUCCUCUGUACCGUCGUCUUCGUGGUCGUCAUCUUUAUCUUCGUUGCAUGGCUCAACGAAAACUUCACGACGACAUUGGCCACGGCUGGGACCGCCUUACUCUCGAUGUCCUUUGUCUUUGCAGCCACGGCGCAAGAGGUAUUGGGCUCUUGCAUCUUUCUCUUCGUGAAACAUCCAUUCGACGUGGGAGACCGGGUGGACAUCACCGACGUUCAAUAUGUGGUGGAACGCAUGUCACUGCUCUACACGGUGUUUCGGCGAGUCAAAGAUCAGAAGCGAACUCAAGUUCCCAACAUCGUCCUCAAUUCGAAUUGGAUCGACAACGUUUCCCGCAGUAAGGCCAUGCGUGAACAGGUGCAACUCUUUGUCAGCUUUGACACUAGCUUCGAGGACAUCGAUCUGCUCAAGAAAGAAAUGACCCACUUCGUCCGGGACAAGGACAACGCUCGGGACUUCCAACCCGAUAUCGAUAUUGAGGUGAUGGGGGUCGCCGAGAUGAAUAAGAUGGAGUUGAAGAUCGAAAUCCGUCACAAGUCCAACUGGGCCAACGAGGCGGUCCAAGCUGCGCGAAGAAACAAAUUCAUGUGUGCCUUGGUCAUGGCUGUGCGAAAGAUUCCGCUGAAUGGACCAGGAGGUGGAGGUCCUCCUGCUGGUGACAAAGCGAACCCCACAUACUCUGUCACGAUCACGGAUGAAGUGGCCAAGAAGAACAAGAAUAUUUUUGAUGAGGAUCAAGACAAGAAGCGACUGGUUCCCCUCUUGGAGCAAAACCAAAAAGAACCCGAUGUCUCCAAGGACCAAUCAGCUUCGAAUGACAACCUUGUUUCGACUACGGGGGCCGAGAAGGCCGCUGUUGACCACCUCAUCAAACGCCAUGGGGCUGUCGAUCCGGAAGAAAUCAUUGACCAUGAUCGAGAGCGCACUGUCAACCAGCAACGCUCGAACGGGGUGGAAGAAGUUCGAAAUAUCCUCCGACGUGAAUCAAUCACUGGACGUCGCCGAGCGGCACGCCACAGUGGUAUCUCAUUGCAAGAGAGUGCGGAUGCCCAAGCUGGCUCUCGUACCAUCCCUACCAUUCCUGAACCAUCACCUCCAGCGCCCGUUGGUGCUCCUCCGCCCGGAAGGGUAAGCUAUUUUGAAGAUACAACCCAUGCCGUGAGCACUCCUACCGCCGCGCAGCAAGGAUGGGCCACGGUGACACCAUUGAAUUACAAUCAACCAUCGACCAGCACCAUGCCUCAGCAAUCAGGCCGUCCUUAUUCACCACCGACAUCACAAACACCUCCCACUUCGAGCCCAGGGCGAUAUGUACCUGGGAAUGCUUUCUCGCAAAGAGUAUAUUCUCCUCCACAUGUUCCACGGGCACCGGUCCCGGGAAUGCCGGAGAUGAAGAGGACUCUGCAAAACCCACCACCGAAAUGA